ACCAAUUUUUUAUCAAUGCAAAAUGUUGCGAACUCGAAAUGUAUUAUUAUUUUCACCAAGGCCACUGGUUGUGUGAGUUUAGUUGAUUACCAGAGGUGGAAAGAUAUUGAUCAUGAAUAUUAUGGAAAAACUACUGUGACCUGUAUAGCAGCUGAAAAUGGACAUUUGGAAUGUUUGCAGUAUGCUUAUGAAAAUUUUUGUCCGUGGGGUAAAGGGACUACUGCAGAGGCAGCUAGAAAUGGUCAUUUAGAAUGCUUAAAAUAUGCUAAUGAAAAUGAUUGUCCAAGAGAUAAAUGUACAACUACUAGAGCUGCUGAAAAUGGGCAUAUUGAUUGUUUAAAAUAUGCCCAUGAAAAUUUUUAUGUUUGGGGUGAUGGCACCAUUAGAGAAUCUGCUAGAAAUGGUCAUUUAAAUUGUUUGAAAUAUGCUUAUGAAAAUGGAUGUUUUCCUGAAGAAGGUACAGCUGCAGUGGCUGCAGAAAAUGGUCAUCUAAAAUGUUUACAGUACAUAUAUUCAAAUUUUGGUAAUUUUUGUUGGGAUAAUCACCCCACAUUAGCAACUGAAAUGUUUGAUCAUUUAUUUUUAAUUAGAUCCAAUAUUGAUGCUGAUUCUGAAGUACCACUGGUUCCUGCCCUAGCUGCUUCAAAAGGGCAUUUAGAUUGUUUGAUGUUUGCUCAUAAAAAUGGAUAUAUGUGGGAUUAUCGAGUUACUGAACUUGCUGCAACUUAUGGCCAACUAGAUUGUUUGAAAUAUGCUUAUGAAAAUGGCUGUGAUUGGGUUUGUACUGUAACAGAGGAAGCAGCAGCUAAUGGACAUUUAAACUGUCUGAAGUAUGCCUUUGAAAAUGGCUGUGAAUUUGGUGAUUUGACUAUUGAAAAAGCUGCUGAAAAUGGUAAUUUAGAUUGUUUAAAAUUUGCACACGAAAAUGGACAUAGGUGGAUUGCAGAAAGUGGUUUAAGAUUUUCUGAGUUUUUAAAAGAGAAUAAUUUGUUAGAUUUACAUGAGAGAACUUUCAGAUUAAUUAAUGAAUUUGACCCAUUUAAAAGUGUCACUAAGAAAGCUGCUAAAAAUGGACAUUUAAAUUGUUUGAAAUUUGCUCAUGAGAGUGGUUAUAAAUGGGAUUGUAAAGUUACUAUAGCAGCUGCUGCAAAUGGGCAUUUAAACUGUUUAAAAUAUGCUCGAGAAAAUGGAUGCGAAUGGAAUGAUUUAGUAACAGAAGUAGCUGCUAAAAAAGGACAUUUAAAAUGUUUAAAAUAUGCACACGAGAAUGGGUGUCCAUGGAGUGAUAAACUUACUAAAGUAGCUACCGAAUAUGGACAUUUGCAUUGCUUAAAAUAUGCACACGAGAAUGGGUGUCCAUGGAGUACAGAUACCAUAAAAGUAGCUUCUCUAUUUUUAAAUAAAGAUUGUUACAAUUAUGCUGUUAAAAAUGGUUGUCCAGAUUAAUUAACCAUUAAAAUACUUGAUUAUAUGUGAUAAAGAAGAUUCUAAGAGAAUUCCAAGACUUUAAUAGUUAUAUAA